GUUGGGACUCGGGAGCAGAAGCCCGACUUUCCAAGCGCCACAGCACGAGCAACGAAGAGUUAUUAAUCAGCCACACCGUACCUACCCAAUUCCAUUUCGCCCACACCCACAACCAAAAUCAACUCAUUAUCCAAUUCCCAAUACAAAAUUCAACUCAAAAUCUCAUAUUUUCUCCUCCUCCUCCGCACAAUCUCCCUCUAUUCGCACCACAGAGAUCAUCUGGGUUUUCGUUUCUCUGGGUUGUGGAACAUCUGGUUUUCAGGGAAACGGCAAUGGAAUGAAGUUGGGGUUCAGAUGAAGAUUAAUCUUAAGUUUCAUGAGUGUUGCUUGCUACUUAGUAGAGGGUAUUCUUGAACUAAAAUGUAUGGUAUUCCUGGUUGGGCCACCAUUGGUGCUAUGGGUUACGCUUUGAGUAGACUGGAGAUUGGUUCUGACUGUGAUGGUGACAUGAAUAUCAUCAAUGCAGCGGACGAAGGUCAAGUUUCCAAUAAUAAACCUUUGAAUAAUUUAGAUGAUGAAAUUGCUCAGCUCACUAGGAUGAAAUCGGGACCUAGUGCACUUCUGAGCCAAGUAGUGCCUGGGAAGAGGGAGAUAUUUGUUUCCCCUGUAAAAAUGCUGGCAGGUCGAGAAUGUAAUUACUCGGGAAAGGGCCGGUUCUCAGCUGGAGAUUGUUGUCACGUUUUAAGCAGAUAUUUGCCUGUUAAUGGUCCAUGGCUUGUGGAUCAAAUGACCAGCCGAGCCUAUGUCUCACAGUUUUCAGCAGAUGGUUCCCUAUUUGUURCCGGAUUUCAGGGAAGCCACAUUAGAAUAUAUAAUGUGGAUAACGGGUGGAAAGUUCAAAAGAACAUUGUUGCAAAAAGUUUGCGGUGGACAAUUACUGAUACAUCACUCUGCCCUAACCAACGUUUUCUUGUCUAUGCCAGCAUGUCACCAAUCAUUCAUAUUGUUAAUGUGGCAUCUGCUGAAACAGAGUCUCUUGCAAAUGUUACAGAUGUCCAUGAGGGACUGGAUUUCUGUGCAAAUGGCAAUGGAAGAGAUUCUUUUGGAAUUUUCUCUGUGAAGUUUUCGACAGAUGGACGAGAACUUGUUGCUGGAAGUAGCGAUGAUUCUAUUUACGUCUAUGAUCUCGAAACUAAUAAACUUUCCCUUCGAAUUUUGGCACACAGAUCUGAUGUGAAUACUGUGUGUUUUGCUGAUGAAAGUGGCCAUCUGGUUUAUUCUGGAAGUGAUGAUACUUUUUGUAAGGUGUGGGACCGACGUUGCUUUAUAUCUAAAGGGAAGGCGGCAGGGAUCCUAGAAGGACAUGUAGAAGGUAUCACAUUCAUUGAUAGUCGUGGGGAUGGUCGAUAUUUGAUUUCGAAUGGUAAAGACCAGACCAUUAAACUUUGGGAUAUCAGAAAGAUGUCCAGCAAUGCUACUCACUACAACAGGCCUAGAAAUUAUGACUGGGAUUACAGAUGGAUGGAUUAUCCACUCCAUGCAAAGAAUUUGAUACAUCCACGUGACUGUUCCGUUGCUACAUACAAGGGUCAUUCAGUCUUGCGGACGCUUAUUCGUUGUUAUUUCUCCCCUGAAUAUAGCACUGGUCAGAAGUACAUCUACACUGGAUCUCACAAUUCCUGUGUUUAUAUUUAUGAUUUGUAGCCACGCUCAAGCAUCAUAAAUCACCAGUGAGAGAUUGUAGCUGGCACCCUCGCUAUCAGAUGCUUGUAAGCUCUUCAUGGGAUGGGGAUGUGGUCAAAUGGGAAUUUCCAGGCAGUGGCGAAGCACCGACUCCCCUGAACAAGAAGAGGAACAAGAAGAGGAUCCGGAGGCGACACUUCCACGGAAAACUGCUGAAGAAAAAUUGUAAGCCAAGCUCUGUCCUCUGCAUUAUAGCUUGGCAAAUGUCUUGCACUGUGAUGCAUAUAUCCCAUCUUUCUGCUGAAAAUAAGGUGCAAUUAGUAUGCUUUUAAGUCUCACCGUCACAAUAUUUUGUCGGUCCUACGUGGUGAACCUCUAAUAUAUUGUUUCUGUUUAUAACCUAUAAUAGUGUAUAAAUCUGUUGAAUAAUGUUCUACAAAAUGGUGAAUUUUGCAUAGUAUCAGUGUUCUUAUUUUCUUCA